AUGGGUAGAGUUAAGCACUUCCCACGUCCAAGUAAACCCGCUGCAAGUGACAAUCAAGAAAAGAGGAAAAGACGGUCUAAACCUGGAACAAAGGCAGUUCGUGAGAUUCGAAAAUUUCAAAAGGAUGUUAAAUUGCUUAUACCAUAUGCCCCAUUUGUAAGAUGUGUCAAGGAGAUUACAAAUCAAUUCUCGUCACGGGUUACUCGCUGGACGCCGGAAGCGUUGAUAUCACUUCAGGAGGCAGCUGAGGAUGAUCUGAUUCGUAUGUUUGAAGCUGGAAUACUCUGCGCACAUCAUGCAAGGCGUAUUACCCUUAUGAAAAAGGAUAUUGAGCUGACGCGCAGGCUUACAGGAAUAGGGAGACCUUGGUGA